GUGGGCGGCGGUCGCGGUCCGCACACUCCGCGACAUGGCGCCGCACGCACCGCCUCUGCCGCUGCUGCUGCUGGCGGCCUUAACGGCUGCUGUCACAAACGGGGAGGAGCCCUGCCCGCGCACCCCCGGGCCGCAGUCGACGGUGGCGAGGCUCAAGGACCAGCUGCUGAGCCACUACGUCGCCGAGGAGAUGCCGCCCACCCAGGGCGGCGCGGCGCUGGCCGUCGAGCACGCGGUCCUCAUCAAGCACGUACUGGGGAUCUAUAAUAACGUGGCCGACGUCCAGAUUACAGUCGCUCUGAGUUGGCACGACUCCAGGCUGGAAUGGGACCCCGCUCAGUACGAUUACCUCUGGACCUUCUUAGCAGAUUCUACUACUGUCUGGGUUCCUUUCAUCGGCGUUCAGAGCCACCCGACGAACAUUCCCGACUGGGUGGACCUGACGGAGCACAUGUGCGCCGUGGCGAGCUCGGGCGAAGUGAUGUGCAUGCUGGGCAUGACGGCGGCGGCGCACUGCCUCGGCGACUACCGCGGCUGGCCCCGGGACGAGCACAACUGCUCCUUCCACGUCGGCUCCUGGAUGCUCACCAGCGAGCGGCUCUUCCUCAAAGAUCUCCACCUGAGGCUGGCGACGCCGCCCGGCACCUCGUGGCAGGUGCAGCAGCACGGCUUCGCGACGACCAACGCCAGCGUGGGGCCGGACGGGCGCGUCCGCAGCAGCACACACGUCUGGCUGCAGCUGCGCCACCGCGAGGCCGUCAUGGCCGUCGCCGCCUACGCCCCCGCCCUCGCACUGACGGUGUUGACGCUGUCGGCACUGUGGCUGCCUUCGGCAUGUGGCGAGCGGCUGGCACUGGUCGCCAUCUCAGUGUUGGCGCACUGCACGGUGCUGGUCUACCUCAGCUGGUGGCUAGAGGGCGGCGCCCGCGCACCUCGCAUCGUGGUGUUCCACCGGGACGGGCUGUGCGCGGCUGGGGCGGCGCUGCUGGUGCUGGUGGCGGCGCAGCGCCUGCAGGCGUCCCGGCGCGCCGCCCCCAGCUGGCUGUCGGCCGGCCUCGCGCGGCUCCGGGCGUCGCCCGCCGGUCCUCUGCUGCUGCCCCCUGCCGCCCAACAGCCGGCGGAGGCACCGGCGGCCGACGCCGCCUCCUCCGCCCCCGAGGCCGACGUGGAGGCUGCCGGCACUGGCGGCGGCGACGUAGAAGGCGACGCGACCGGCGGAGGCAGCGACGCGCUGGUCGCCACCACCACUGCCGCCGGCGCCGCCUCCGACGCCGAGUGGUGGGGCGCCGCCUCCGUCCUGACGCAGCGGCUGGGGGCGGCCGGCGUCUGCAGCGCGCUGUUCGCCGCCCUGCUGCGUCUGCUGCUCGCCCACUGACGUCACGCAGCUCCCCGCCAAUCCCGACGCACUCCUACUCCGAAGCACCGUCACAACUAACUCGACGCCACUACCCCUCGCUGUCGGAUAUAACCACCUAGCGACGCAUUCGAAUAUCAGUGUUUACAAGCGUUCCACACAAUAAUCUCCGCAUUCCGAUGCGACGAGAGGAACAGAUAUUCCAAUGUGAUCCGUGACACACGAUCGGAGUUGCGCUUCCUGUGUCUUCUUUCACGAGUUUUCUCGCGAACAUCACUACAGUCGUUUUGCGUGGGGGUACCCACAGCAAACCGAACUUAUUUUUGAAGAUUUAUUUAUUCAAUUAGAAAAAGCCUUUAGCACCCCUCGGAGUACCUACUCUCCACUGAAACAUUUUUUAAAUUCGUCUUCUGUGGUGCCCGACGGCUUUCUGUGUCGUUUUUUUCUUCACUUCAGCACCGUCAGUAAAACGCUCUCGUUUCGUGUCGCUUUCGUGGAAAUAAAAAAAGGUCACAAGCGCCAAGCUCAGUUGGACACGCGAGAUAUGGGGCCCGUGGGUCGUGGCACUUUUGGUCAAAAACUGAUGGACUAUGUUAUCGACACGGUGAAACCAGACGCCCGACUCCCGUAAAUGGUGCCUCUUCCGCUGAAAACUAUUAUGCAAUCUUUUCAAAAACAUCCAAUUAGAAAGCCCGGUUAACUACCUGACUCAGUGCAACAAACUCUUCUUUGACGUUCGCCAUCACUCGAGGAGCUGUAUUGGGACGAGACGAAAUUGUCCUCCACUGAUUAGAUUCUUGCUUCGUUUCAGCGUCGUAACCGUAGCACUGUGAUUCUCCACCUGAGAUGGCUGUGCAAAAAAGUCUCUGUCAUUUCGGAAAUCUCGUUUUAAAGCGCAGCACGAUUCCACGCAAUGUUGCUUUUCUUCAGCACGAAUCUGGCAGCCACCCUUUUCAUCCCUACGUCUUCCGUCGAAGUUCGACUAAAUGAGUUCAAAAUCAAUCCAGGCAGAUCCACAAUCGUGCGCUGGACACUAGGAUCAGCCUCUAGAAAAAUGACAAGCGCACAUAACAUGUCACUAAAAAAGUGAUUCAAGCCGAAUGGAACCUAAUCAGCGGCGGUGCUUGGCUCACGGAAUCAGGAAUGGUGAAGAGCCUGCAUGUUGUACAUAAGCUCUCUCUGGAAGGAUAACUCUGUACACUCUCAGUGGCAGAAAGCAGUACUACAGAAAAAAAAAUACAAAUACAAACGCUUUGCUCACCUGGAGCAUCUUUACAUGGAAUCUGUGUCACCAAAGUUAAAUGAAAUAAUAAUAAAAAAAAACCUGGUCAAAUGUCACCAAGAACAGAAAACUCAUGCAAAAUAGAUACACUAAGUUAAUUACAGUAAUAAUAAAUAAUUACAUAAUGGAGCAAUUACAAGAUAAAUGCACCACAUAGUUAAGUGAAUGACAAAGACAAUAAAUAUAAGGGCCACUCAGAAAGUAAUGCAGCAAAUUUUAUAUUCUUCAGCAGUUCUUUAUUGAACACAAUGAAACGCACAAACAAGAAAGAGUUACGUUUCUUCUACUCGCCCUGUACUUCCUUGAAAUUUCCUUCCUGUUCUAUGGCCCUCCUCCAGCGCGACAGAAGUGCGUGUAUGCCCUGUUGGUACCACUACUUGUUCUGGUCAAGAAACCGCUUGUUCACUGUGCGCAACACCUCUUCGUCAUCCUCAGAAUGUCUUACACGAAUGACAUACUUUAAGGCCAGGUUCUAAUUCAAGUGACCAAAAAAUAGGCAAAGGUUGCAAUUUCUUUUUGAGAGAAUGAAAAGAUAUACAAAGGAUCUGUUUGGGACUUACAAUUGAUCAUACUUUGAACUUUCUUUUAGAUUUUCAAUUAAAAAACAAAAUGUCGCUCAUAAUUACGGUUUGAUCGAGGGCCUGCGAGUUUGAAGGACGCAGACUGUGUGCAGUGUAGCCGUCAGGAGUUAUCUGAAAUCAAAAUGGAUAACAUAAGUCAAUACUACAUUAAAUGUAUGGGAGAUUAUACCUAACCAUAAUGAAAUAAACUAAAAUUUAACGAUAUGGUGCUAACUCCAACUUUGAUUCGAUUUUUUUUCACUCUUUAUGGAUUUACAAAGAAUAGUUAAUAUUAACAAAUUUCAUGCAUUAUAAGCUCCAAGAAAGUAUGUACUUCUCGGUGGUCGAAGGUAGAAGUUAAUAGACUGAACCGUUUUUACUUUAUGCUGUACGGAGUUUCGAACAAUCGUUUCUCGAGAAAAACCUGUUUAAAGUUUAGGAAAAACUUUUAUAUGUAUUAUUCGUUGAAUUUGCAUAAAAACUACAUAUUAUUACAUAUUUUUGAUGUCGCUGAACACAAAUCUGACGUUACAUUUUUAAAAUUCGGAAUAGCUAAACCAAUGUGGUGGACCAGAAAUUAUGUUUUUACCAUUUGUGACGAAAAUAUGACCAAAAAAAGUGUUUUCAUUACUUACGUUUUGCCUGCGGUAUAUCAACCUUUCCUCUAACUCGAAUUGUUUCUGGAGAGCAAUUCCCUCGUUCUUCUUGGAGAGAAAAGCCGAUGUGGUUGAGCUGGAUAUACUGCGUUCGGCAGCCUGCGCACGUUGUACGUCAACUUUUUCGGCGAAUAUGUCUGCACGCAUUACUUUGUGGACGCGCGUCAUGGGCUGAGAGUAUACCACGGCGGCCGCGAGAAUUCUUCAACAAUGGGCUGUAGAGACUUUUGUAACGCACGGAUUUAAAAAAACCUUAUCCUCCCAACAUGCUAGAUACAUAUGCCUUUCAAAAAAUGCAACGAAAAAUCGUAUUUUCAACUAUUUUGAAUGGGAACCUCGCCAUAAUGGCCCAAAACAGUGGAAGUGUGAUGGAACUAGAUCAGGGCUGUAGGUGGAUGGGAUAACACUGUCCAACCCUGUUUAGUGAGGCCGAGUGUUAUCGUGUUGAAUCAAUCACCCGGGUUGUCGCUGGAAGUGCUUCUUGAGUUCGGUUAAUGUGUUCACAUAUGCUUCAGAAUUAAUGGUGCUGCCUCGCUGCAUCACAUCAAUGACACAGUGUGACACCCUCACAGCCCCUAAACACAGUGGCUGUGAUCUUACCAGCAGAAGCAGUUGCUUAGAAUUUUUUUCUGUGGAGAGUGAUGAUGAUAUCACUGCGUCAAUUCUCAUUUUGUUUCGGGUUCAAAAUAGUGAACCAACGUUUCAUCAUCCAUCACAUUCCGGAAUAGAAGGCUUUCCCCUCAGCUUCAAAACGUAGCAGCAACUCGGAAGAAAUGUUUUUUCUGAAAGUUUUGUGUUUCAUUGAAGGCAGGGCAGAACCAUAGUGCACAUCCUGAUUUAGGUUUUCCGUGAUUUCCCUAAAUCACUCCAGGCAAAUGCCGGGAUGGUUCCUCUGAAAGGGCACGACCGACUUCUUUCCCCAUCCUUCCCUAAUCCGAUGAGACCGAUGGCCUCGCUGUCUGGUCUCCUUCCCCAAACAACCCAACCCAACCCAUAGUGCACACACUUUUGACUGAUCGAGAGCACGGAUGAUCGCAUCCACAUUUCCUUUGCCGAUUUACAGCUUCAGCGCCAACUGCCAGAUCGUUAUGCGCCGACCACCCGAAUGAGCACAUCAGCCUGCAGGGAGCUCCGCAGAACCGUCUGCUGAUGGCCCCCACCGUCUAUGCUACGCUUCAACCAAUAUUUCUGCCAACUGCAGAUUCUUCAUAAACUGCACACAAACGUUUGUGACUGUUUCCAACAGUUACUUUCUCCCCAGUCAAAAAGUCAAUGACCCAUGCUGCUUGCAACGUACAUCGCUUACUGGUGCCAUUUUGAAACACUGUUGCAGCUGCGCUAUCUGUUGGAGGAAACGGAAAAUUGGCGUGCCCUCUCCGGAAACUUCAGAUAAUGAUUACCUAUCAUUUUGCAUUCGUAUAGUUGUUGUUGACUGAGAAAAAAAAUGUGGUGCAUUAUUUUCUGAAUGACCCUUCCAAUUACACAGAUAAAUUACAAUAAGCACUUGAAACAGAAAUAACAUAGUUACACAACCUGGCGUUUAUCGAUAUAUAAUAACUUCUGGUGUUUAUUUAUUGCUUAUUCUCAUAACAAAUGUAGGUCAUUUGUUACACACUCAAGUAACUCCUGAGCAGAGUAAAAUCUUUUAUAUUUCAUCCGUAAUAUAAAAUCAGUUUCAAAUUUAUUCAUUGGUACUGUAUAGGCAUUUUCAGAUAAUUUGUUAAAGUGGACAAGACCAAGAUAUUUGUAGCUAUUAUAGGUCUUCGCCAGUCUUGCAUAUGUCACAUUAAUUGUAUUCCACUUUUUGUUGUACGGUCGUGAAUUGUCGUCCUUAAGUAAAACAUACAUAGGUUUUCUGUAACAAAAAUACCGUAGUUUUAGAUAUAAAGGCUAGAUACUGUCAAAAAAAAGUUAAUUGUUUCCAAUAGUCUCUAUAUUAUUCACGUGGUCAAAUUUCCAAAAUGCACCUCAUAGCUUUCUUUCGCCAUUUAAACACUAAUUUAGAGCAUAGAGAAUUGCCCCAUAAUGGAAACCCAAACUUAGGUGGUUGCGGAAGAAUGAAAAAUAUGGGUAUAAUAGAAGUUCUACACUAACACUGCUCCUCAGCUUGAACAGCAGGCGGAUGACACAUGUUAGUCUGCUAUAUAAUUUUCUUGUGUUGAUAUUCCAGCUGAGCUUUAGGUCUGUAUGCAGUGCUAGCAGUCUGACUACAUACAACGACCUCAGUUUUACUAUCAUUUCUGCAGUACAUUUGUCUCGAACCAAGCGGUACAUCUCUCCAUCGCUACUGCUAUGCUGUGUUGCACAUUUUCAAGGUUGGUAUCACAUAUGAUAGGUUUUGUGUCAUCUGGAUAUGGUCCAACUAUGGUUAAACAGUAUAAAGAAUGAAAAGGGAAGGUGUAAGAAAAAUGCCUGAUAUCCAUCUUUUACAACUGGACUUUUCAUUAUUUAUCUUAACUAACUGAUUUCUACUGUCCAAAUAAGACUGCUGUAAGUAUAGAGCAUUCUCUCUCACUCUGCAGUGGCAGAGUUUUUUAUGAGAGUAUUGCUUUCCUGGGAUCCAGCAGAGUUGCACAGAUAAUCUCUCUAUUUUCAAAACAACUGCAUAUUUUUUCCAACCAUACUUUGAUCUGCUUUGGCUGUAGAAAGGCUGCACCUCAAACAACCCGUGAGGAGUUAAACAUUAUCAUUAGAUUAAAAAUAUUGACUCAUCAGUUUAUGCAUGCCGUGGUCUACUAUUUUUUAUAUUAUAGGUACAAGUGACAUAGGUCAACAGUUAUCUGAAUUUGCUUUAUCUCCUUUCUCAUGAACUGGUUUGACUACCAGUAAUUUCAAACAUUCUGGGUUAUUACCUGUUUUUAACAUUUUAUUGGUUAUUCUAGUCUAUGACAUUGAAACUUGAUUUCUGAUAUAUUUAUAAAUGUAAUUUGAGAGACCAUAGUAAUCCUCUGCUCUAGAAUUACUGACCUUAGCUACUGAUCUGUUGACCACCUUCUCUGUUACAUGAUCCAGCAAAAGCUGUUACUCAGUUUACUGCUUAUUUCUGGCAGUAGUGCCUGUGACUCACUCACAUCCUCACAUCCGAGUUAGGACUGACAAAAAUGUGAAAUUAGAUUGUUAGGUGAAAUCACUGUCUGCUGUACUUUAUCUUCAAAAUCUAUUUCUGUUCUAAUAAUGUCCAAUGCAGCUUUGCAUUUAUUCAUUGAGUUUGGUAUAUAUGUAUUAUUUCUUUUGCACUGUGCUGCCAUGAUUUCAGAUAUGUAAAGCUUUUUCACUUUCAUAUACUUUUCCAAGUCAGCAUUAUUAUGCUUCGACCUAUCAUGAUAUGGCAACAUCAUGAUUCUUAUUCUACUAAUAUUUGGGAUGUGUCAAUUUUAUAGAUUUUUUGGUUUAGUGCAGCGACUUUGCCUAGAUGUUUUCAUGUAGCCUACAGAACAAAACGUUCAGUUAAUAGGUCUAAAAAUGCAUUAGUCAAUUCAUCAGCAUUGGUUAUUAUUUUAUCCCACUUCACUGAAUUCAGUUUACUUAUUAAACUGUUCAGCUUUGAGUCAUUAAUUAGUAUUAAAAUUCUUUUAUGUGCAGUGGAAGUUUCAGUUAUUUUACUGUGAAGACCUUGUCUGAGCCAUAGUCCCUCAUGCUCAGAAAUGCACAGACUGGCCAUUUCAAAUUCUCUUUAGUUUAGAUGAAUUAUUAUUAAUUGUAUGGCAAGUUACACAGCACUUUAAAAAUACAAAUAAAAUAUUACACAAGUCACAAAUUUGCAAACAUAUUAUUUACAUAAUUUUUAAUCGAAUCUACUGAAAUCCGAGAGUUUCCAGGACACGAAUUUCAAGAGCACUCUUUAACAAUAUGCCUGACAGUCUGUCUUGGAAAGCCACAGGUGCACUCCAAAGUGAUUAUCUUCCCCUCUCUGUGUAAUAAGUCACAGUACCUUCCGUAGUUAGUCCAUAUUCUGUUAAGUGAGCUCCAUGUUCUACAGGGCAGGCGAAGGUCUAAUGGUCUAUUCUUGGCUCACAGAAAGCUGUGAAGUUGUGGUGGAGUGUUAUUCUAUCAUUCUUGCUUCCAAACUUUGUGGAGAUGGAAGUUAUGGUCACUAGGUCGCUAGUUGUUCUGAGUAGGGAAUGUCUGGUAUGGAGUCUGUUGAUUCAGAUAGCAGUUAUGUCCUCAUGAACUGGCAGCUAUUGACUGUUGCAGAUUUUAUUAUAUUCCUUCAAAAGGAUAUCUUUCUUGUUAGGUUAGAUUGUGAAUCACAACUCAGAGCAGGUACCCAGAAUGGAUUGAUUUAGUUGUGCAUUUACUAGCUGCUGGUUAUCCAGACAGAGUUGCAAUAUUUUCCACUGACCAGAUAAGGUCAAGGGCAAAAGAUUAUAAGCUCGAAGUUGCAGAACCCCAUGUUGUACGACAGUCUUUACAAUGUACCGCCUACCCAUCAUCAGUUCGGCUUCUUUAGUGUACCCUCUCGUAAAUACACACUUCUAUCACUGAAUAACGAAACAAAAAGAGCCCAGAGAGGAAAUUAAUUUUGACCAUGCCGGCUAAGUUUAUGGACCGUGAGUGCGUGGAAUUAGUACUGCCUGACAAUAAGCAAAACUUGCUAGAAACGUGUUGCACUACGUUAAAUUUAGCAUAAAAUAAAUAAAUGUGACUGGUAGCAGAAAAAAUAAAUAACUAGCCCAGAGACUGAUAUUGCUUUUGUGUCACUUUUGUGUGCUGUUCAAUUAUACAAAUGUAUUUUUAUAAUGGCCCUCAGUGUUUCCAUUGAAAUAUCUUCGUAUUGAAUGUUAAGACUGACAACAGGCUAUAUCCAGGAAAAGAAAUUCAAACGCAAUCCACUGAUUCACCUGAAGAUCAGGGUGUGAGCCUUCAAAACGCACCACUGAAGAAAAUAAAAGUGCCUGGCACAGAUA